AGGACCACUGGGAGCCUCUCGCAAGCGCAACAAACAGGCAGCCGACACGCCGGAGAAAGAAGUGCCUUUUUCUUCUUAUUUCUGUUCCACCGAGAAGCAAGUGUGCAAAGGGGGGAGGAAGCGGGGCUAUGGCACGCGAGUAGAGAGCCAUUCAGUUUGAGAGUGUUAACGCAGGCGGACCCUUGUUUUUAUUCACCCCCCCCCCCAACCCCCCCAAGAUGAAUAAAGACUUGAAGAGCCUGCGACAGCUCGCCGUGCCUCUGCUCUUCCUCGCCCUGAGUGUCGCGGUGCAGCGAUCCGACUCUGCGGCUUGCCAUGGAUGCGUGGGAUCUAAAUGUGACUGCAGUGGAGUAAAAGGAGACAAGGGCGAGCGGGGUUUUCCAGGUCUCACCGGACAGCCGGGAGUCCCCGGAUUCCCCGGACCAGAGGGGCCGAUCGGAGCCAGAGGAGAGAAGGGCAGUGAUGGAACUCAAGGACCAUCUGGUCCAAAAGGAAUACGAGGACCGUCUGGAUUGCCAGGAUUUCCAGGAACGCCAGGACUUCCAGGUCUGCCCGGGCAGGACGGACCUCCAGGCCCAAGAGGAUUGGCGGGAUGCAACGGUACAAAGGGUGAAAGGGGUUUCCCAGGAAGUUCAGGAAUCCCCGGACAGCAAGGACGGCCGGGUCCACCUGGUCUGCCAGGACAAAAGGGCGACCCAGGUGAUGUGAUCUCCACCAAUCGUUUUGGAGAGAAAGGAGCAGUUGGAUUACCCGGAUUGCCUGGAGUUCCUGGAGACCCCGGACCCGCCGGUUUGCAAGGUCCACUCGGCCCUCCGGGACCCAGAGGCUAUGAGGGUCGUCCAGGUCCCCCAGGACCUCCCGGACCAAAGGGGAACAUGGGAUUGAACUUCCAAGGACCCAAAGGAGAGAAGGGUGAUACAGGUUUGCCAGGACCUCCUGGUCCUCCCGGGCAAGUUGGAGAACAGAAGAGGCCGCCUGAGACAGAGAUUCAGAGAGGAGACAAGGGUGAUCCAGGUCUUCCAGGUUCCCCAGGCGACACCGGCUAUCCAGGACCUCCUGGUCCUGCGGGUGGCCAGAAAGGAGACAAGGGAGAACCAGGAGAACCAGGCAAACGAGGCAAACCGGGCAAAGAUGGCGACCCCGGUACUCCAGGCUACCCCGGGUCCAAAGGAGAAUCGGGCUCGCCAGGUCCUCCAGGCAGGGAUGGAGAGAGAGGACUGAAAGGUGAUCGAGGAUUCCAAGGCCCACCAGGAGUGGUGAUUGGCGGGCAGACAGAGGGUCAGGUCGGCCCUAAAGGCGAGCCAGGGUUCCCCGGAUCUCCGGGAGUCAAGGGAGAAAGAGGACUACCAGGUUUGUCAGGACCUCCAGGAUCUCCGGGACUUCCAGCUACCGGUGGUGGUGGUCUGCCUGGAUCCCCAGGCUUCCCCGGAGAGAGAGGUCAGAAGGGGGACUCUGGCAGUCCAGGUCUGUCUUUGCCAGGUCCCCCAGGGCGUUCGGGUUCUCCUGGUGUCCAGGGGUUACCGGGGCCCCCCGGGCCUCCAGGCGUUUCCACAGGAGGACAAAACUGCAUUCCAGGAGAGCCCGGGCGUCCCGGCGUGCAGGGAGAGACGGGUUACCCAGGAGAGUCGGGCCAGAAAGGUGAGAAGGGCGACAACUGUGUGAACUGCUUUGGCGGCACCACCGGCAUCCCAGGACCCCCCGGACCUGCUGGACAGCCCGGAUUCCCUGGAUCUCCUGGCUCCCCGGGUAUGAAAGGAGACCGAGGAUUUUCAGGAAUACCUGGUGCCGUUGGACCGCCUGGUCCCUCUGGUCCUCAAGGUUCUCCAGGGUUCCCCGGAGAGAAGGGAGACCCGGGCGAAGCCAUCACAGUCAGCGGCGUGCGGGGAGAGAAGGGGGACACCGGCUUCCCAGGAUCCCCCGGUCUCCCCGGUCUGGACGGUCGGCCCGGUCGCGAUGGACAGCCUGGAGCUCCGGGACCCAAAGGAACUCCUGGCUCUCUGCUGGUGAAAGGAGAACGAGGCACCCCCGGUGAGCCAGGCUCCCCAGGUAUUCCAGGAGACAGGGGUCCUCCAGGGAGCCCUGGCUACGGACCACCGGGACCUAACGGAGACAAAGGUAGCCAGGGCGUCUCGGGAAGACCUGGAGGUCCCGGCGCACCCGGUACUAAAGGAGAACCGGGCCUGACGGUGGCUGAUAAAGGCUCACCAGGACCCCGAGGACUGGAUGGCGAGCCCGGACUGCCCGGCUCACCAGGUAACCCAGGUCAGCCCGGCCAAAAUGGUUUCCCUGGGUUACCAGGAUCGAAGGGUGACCCUGGACUCCCAGGCAUCGGACUCCCAGGACCCCCCGGAGCUAAAGGAUUCCCAGGUAUCGCCGGCCAGCCAGGAACUCCAGGAGCACCGGGCAGACCAGGAGUAGACGGACUCCCUGGCCAGCCUGGAUUUCCUGGACCCAAGGGCGAGCCUGGCUUUGGCCUCCCUGGCCCCCCAGGUUUACCAGGGGUACCUGGAGCUAAAGGUUUCACCGGACCAAAGGGAGAUCCCGGUUUCCCCGGCGGCCCCGGCUCACCUGGUCGAUCUGGAUUUGAUGGCUCUCCGGGAACUAAAGGUGACGCUGGUAUUCCCGGUCUACCCGGAGCUCGUGGCCCACCCGGACCUUCCAUUGGUGGCACACCGGGGCAGCCAGGCCCCCCCGGACCCUCUGGACCAAUGGGACCCCCAGGCGAGAAAGGAUUCCCUGGAUCAAACGGAGAGAAGGGAGACCCCGGCCCUCCAGGUCUAGAUAUUCCAGGUCUGCCAGGAGACAGAGGGAGUCCCGGUUUCCCAGGUUCCCCAGGACCAAUUGGAACUCCAGGACCCCCUGGAGGACCUGGACGGGACGGCCUGCCUGGACUGCCAGGUCUUAAAGGAGACAUGGGCCCCAUGGGAUCUCCAGGACCUUCUGGAGAAUCAGGAAGAACAGGAGGACCUGGCGGUCCCGGACCUAAAGGUGAACCUGGAUUCCCGGGCCGAGACGGUGGACCCGGCGGCCCCGGUGGUAAAGGAGAGAGAGGAGAACCCGGCCUCCAGGGACCCCCAGGAAGCAGCCAGGUGCCAGAGCAAAUAAAGGGAGCCAAAGGAGAACCUGGACUAUCAGGUGCACCAGGUUUUUCAGGUCAGAAAGGCGUUGCCGGUCUCCCCGGUGACCCCGGGCUGCCAGGAUCAGACGGACGCCCCGGACUCCCCGGAUCACCAGGUCCCAAAGGAGAUCCUGGCAUCCCAGGAGGCCCCGGGGCUCCUGGGCUUUCAGGAACAAAAGGCGCAAUGGGAGAAAUGGGAUUUCCAGGACCGUCAGGGCAGAAGGGUCUACCAGGUCAGUCAGGUCGGCCCGGAUCCCCGGGACAGCCAGGAGGACCCGGUUUCCCUGGAGCCAAAGGUGAACCAGGCUCUGCUGGAGUCGGACCACCCGGACAGUCCGGACCCAAGGGUGACCCAGGUCAGCCAGGUUUCCCAGGAAGUCCAGGACUUAAAGGAACUGCAGGAUCCCCCGGUCUCCCAGGGUUACCAGGAGGGCCUGGUCCCAAAGGCGACGGCGGAAUCCCAGGACUACAAGGACCUCCGGGCAUUCCCGGUCCCAAGGGUCUCGACGGAGGGCCCGGUGCACCGGGUCUCACCGGAGCCCCCGGCAGACCAGGAGAGUCCGGCCGACCAGGAGGACCAGGGUUGCCAGGCGACAAAGGUCAGGCAGGUCGGGACGGGAUCCCAGGACCGGCUGGAAUCAAAGGAGAUCCCGGGCUUCCUGGUUACGGCGGACCUGGUGCUCCAGGGCUUCCAGGGUUGCCAGGCUCAAAGGGAGACCCCGGUCUCCCCGGCACCUCUGGCAGUCCUGGUUUCCCCGGCUCCAAAGGCGAGAUCGGUUACCCCGGCUCCCCUGGUCCUCCCGGCAACCUCGGCCCUCCUGGGUCCCCGGGUCAGGCUCUGCUGGGCCCCAAAGGAGCACAAGGACCCCCUGGGCCUCCCGGACGAGCGGGUCCCGCAGGUCCUUCAGGUGCACCUGGCCCCGAGGGCCCCGGCGGGCCCGCAGGAAGCGGCGGCGUUAAGGGAGAGAAGGGAAUCCCCGGCGCUCCCGGCCAGCCUGGCUUCCCCGGACAGAAGGGUGAUGGCGGCGUUCCCGGAUUCCCGGGUCCCUCUGGUCUUCCCGGUUCUUCUGGUUUGAAGGGAGACAUCGGUCUGCCCGGCGUUCCUGGAUUCCCUGGGCCAAAGGGAGAUCCGGGACUCCCCGGUGGCAGCGGCCUUCCUGGAGAUCCUGGCGAAGUCGGAGAGCAAGGCCUUCCUGGCGACCCCGCCGUUGCGCCGACACCCAUCUUUGUGAAGGGAGAGCGAGGACCCCCUGGUGUUCAGGGCCAGCCUGGUGGUCGGGGACCACCCGGCCCUCCUGGGCGUGAAGGACUUUCGGGUCAGCCCGGCAACCCCGGUGAUCCUGGUCCCGAAGGUCCUCCUGGCUUCAGUGGCCCACCCGGCAGGAAGGGAGACAACGGCCCGGCCGGUCAGCCUGGUCAGCGUGGCUACCCUGGUCCGCCUGGUUCCGACGGUCCACAGGGUCAACCCGGUCUUCCAGGAUCCGUCUCCGCUGCCCACGGCUUCCUCAUCACCCGCCACAGCCAGGCUCAGGAUGUGCCCUUCUGCCCCGACGGAACCAGCCUCAUCUACGACGGCUACUCCCUGCUGUACGUGCAGGGCAACGAGAGGGCCCACGGACAGGACCUCGGCUCGGCCGGCAGCUGUCUGCGCAGGUUCAGCACCAUGCCCUUCAUGUUCUGCAACAUCAACAACGUCUGCAACUUCGCCUCCCGCAACGACUACUCCUACUGGCUGUCCACGCCCGAGCCCAUGCCCAUGUCCAUGGCCCCCAUCACUGGAGAGGGCAUCAAGCCCUUCAUCAGCAGGUGUGCAGUGUGCGAAGCCCCAGCCAUGGUGAUCGCGGUCCACAGUCAGACCAUCCAGAUCCCCACUUGCCCUUCAAAUUGGGAAGCUCUGUGGAUAGGGUACUCCUUCAUGAUGCACACCAGUGCGGGCGCAGAGGGCUCCGGUCAGGCCCUGGCCUCCCCCGGCUCCUGCCUGGAGGAGUUCCGCAGCGCCCCCUUCAUAGAGUGCCACGGCCGAGGGACGUGCAACUACUACGGGAACUCCUACAGCUUCUGGCUGGCCACCGUCGAACAGUCGGAGAUGUUCAGGAAGCCCCAGUCGGAGACUCUCAAGGCGGGUAACCUGCGAACGCGCGUCAGCCGUUGCGUGGUCUGCAUGAAGAGGACGUAACACGGCACACGGCAACGAGAGCUACGUCACCAUUUCAGGGGACGCACGAUCAAUAUCAAGAGAUGAUUGGAUGACGAGGAACAAGUAGGGGGACGGGGGAUGGGGGGGGGGGCGGAUAGGCCGUCAAAGUGACAACAAGGUGGAAUUCCAAUUGUGCAUUGUCUUCGGGGGGAAAAAAACAAAAAGAACCUUACGACUUAAACAAUGGUGCUACUGUAUGACACAGCGUAAACACAUUUUACAUUUAUUCUUUGUUUCUCUUAAGAAGUACCUCAAAACGAAAGCAGAAAAAUAUCCACUAAAUGGUGCCAUGAUGGAUGUGUGAAAAAAGCAAAAGUGCAUUUUUUCCCCUUCUUUCCCAAAAUGAUCAGUUUCUUUUUUUUCCUUUUUUUUUUUUUUUUUUAAAUCACAUUUUGACGUUGGUGCAAGAAAAAAUGUCAUAUUUUACCAUUUCUUUUUUUUUUUUUUUUAUGGCCUUUUAUGAUGAGUGGAUACCAAAUCGGCACUUUGACUUCGGAACAUCCAAGACGAGAGAUGCACUGACGAUGAGCUUUCCUUAGUGAGACUGCCUUUUGUAUUACUAGCUCUUCAUUCACACGCUCUUUCUCUCUGUCUGUCGUUUAACGUUACAUUUGGUGGUACUAACGCUGCUGUAGCCCGCCUUCUAACCCUCAGCCUACACCUUCUUUCUCUUCACUUUUUUUUUUGUAAGUAAUAAAAUGUGUAUAUUGUGUAAAACACCUUUUAUUUUUUUGUUUUUAGUGUAUUAGGUCAUGAAUCGGUACCAGCUAUUUGUUAUAAGACAAUUUUCCAGAUUCUUUUUAGCUCACGCGUUCACACACAAAUAUACACACAUACACACACACACACUCAUUAUUCACUUCAUUGCUCACUUACACACAUCAACUCAGAUAUUGUACAAAGUAAGGCUUUUAUGAAUGAAACAGUAUUUUAUAUAUAAAAAAUAUAUAUUUGAAAAAAGAGGUUAAAAAGGUAUAUAAACUUUAUUCGGCUGUGUGUGGGGGGGGGGGGAAUUGUUCACUGUUUUCAAACACAAACAAAGGUCAGGCAUUUCACCGAAACGUAAAGCUAAGUACCGAGCACAGACAGAGCCAUUUUCCCUAAAACAUGACAGUCUUGUAUAAUAUUAACGAAGCCAGUCGCUUAAACCUUUUCGUAUUCAAUUUGUAGGAUUAAUAAACGUUGAACUGAAAUAAAGGGGAUGUGCUUUUUAGGUAGUCUAAUGAUUGGGGGAAUGUUGCAGAUAUUUGUGCAAAAAGGAUUUAAAUUAAAUAUUGGCUCCUUGAUUAGAA